AUGGCGACCGUGGCAGCUAAACAAGAUGGCGUGCAGAAGCCCAAGAAGCCCAGCGCCAUGCGGUCGGUCCUUGCGGGAGCCUUAGCUGGAGCUUUGGAAAUUUCCAUCACAUACCCUGCGGAAUUCGCGAAAACACGAUCACAACUUAACCGCAAGCUCCCCGAUGGCCAGAAGCUGCCCUGGCCACCGUUCGGUUCGCAGUGGUACGCAGGUUGCACCACGCUCAUUAUAGGGAACUCAGCGAAAGCUGCCAUUCGCUUCGUCUCCUUUGAACAAUACAAACGCAUGCUCGCAGACGAGAACGGCAAGGUUUCUGGGCCCCGAAACGUGAUAGCCGGCUUUGGCGCAGGUGUGACCGAGUCCCUUAUAGCCGUAACACCGACCGAGUCAAUCAAGACGACACUCAUUGAUGACCGUAAAUCUGCGAAUCCGCGCAUGCGUGGAUUCCUCGACGCAAUUCCCAUCAUGUACAAAGAACGCGGCCUGCGUGGCUUUUUCCAGGGCUUAGCGCCAACCGCCGCCCGCCAAUCUGCGAAUUCCGCAGUUCGAUUUGGGAGUUAUACCAGUUUGAAACAGUUGGCGGAGGGCUACAUCCAGCCAGGCGAGAGACUGGGUAGUCUGGCAACUUUUGGAUUGGGAGGUGUGGCAGGUUUGAUCACAGUGUAUGCGACGCAGCCUCUGGACACGGUCAAGACGCGAAUGCAGAGCAUUGAGGCCAAGCGGACGUACGGCAACAGUUUCCGAUGCGCGGCCAUGAUCUUCAAGCAGGAGGGAGUUUUGACCUUUUGGAGCGGUGCAGUCUAUAGGCUUGGGCGCCUUGUGUUAAGCGGAGGUAUCGUCUUUACCAUGUAUGAGAAGAGCAUGGAGAUUAUGGGCAAGCUGGACCCUGAGGAGAAGUAUCUGUAG